AUGAGUGCACGUCGGUCGAAACCAGAAACAACAACAUGCGACGAAAACAGUUCAAACGAGCCAGACACGAUUUGCGACGAAAAUAAUUCAAACGAGCCAGACACGAUUUGCGACGAAAACAAUUCAAAUGAGCCAGAAACGACGGAAGGUAACGAACCAGACACGAUGGAAACUAACGAGUCAGACACGACGGAAACUAGAGACACUCGUAGCAGGACCGAAAUAGCGAUAGACUUCUUCGAGCAAGAAAUCGCUAGGAAAAGACAUCUGAGUAACAUCCCAAAUUUCGACGAUCUCUACAGUUUAGAAGCAUAUCUGGAGGUUGANGAAAUAGCGAUAGACUUCUUCGAGCAAGAAAUCGCUAGAAAAAGACAUCUGAGUAACAUCCCAAAUUUCAACGAUCUCUAC